AGUCUCAAGCUUCACAACCACAAUAUAUAGAUACUAAACAAACAUCAUAUCAUGGAUGUUUUAUUCUUAACCAUUUUCCUAAUCCUACCCAUUUUACUCACCUACAACCAAAUUAUACUAAAAUACAAACGUGACAACAAAAAUAAUGGUAAACUCCUACCCUUAAGAGUUCCCGAAGCCCCCGGAGCAUGGCCGUUCAUUGGCCAUCUCCACCUUCUCCACGGCCGGCUCCCGGUGGCCCGCACCCUCGGACACAUGGCCGAUAAAUACGGCCCCGUUUUCGGGCUCCGUCUCGGCAGCCACCCGGCAAUAGUGGUGAGCAGUUGCGAGGUAGUAAAAGAGUGCUUUACCACCAACGACCUAGUAUUCGCCAGCCGACCUAGUAUGGCCGUCGGGAAAUACCUAGGAUACAACGAGGCGGUUUUCGCGCUCGCCCCGUACGGCCGGUACUGGCGCGACGUUCGGAAAAUGGUGACGCUCGAACUCAUGACCGUAAGCCGGCUCAAGAAGCUCCGGCACGUGCGAACCUCGGAGGUGGAGCAUUGCAUUGGGGACUUGUACUCUAUGUGCCACGAAAAUGGCGAAGUGAACUUGAGCGAGUGGUUCGAGCAUGUGACGCUGAACAUAACCCUGAGAUUGCUGGUGGGGAAGAGAUUUUCCAGGAUCGCCAAGCAUCUCAAAGAGGUGGUCUCCAGAGCUUUGUAUCUCGGCGGAGUAUUUGUCCCCUCCGACGUAAUUCCGUCCUUGGAGUGGAUGGAUAUCGGAGGCUACAUCAAAGGUUUGAAGGAGGUUUCAAAGGAAAUGGAUGAAAUAAUUGGGACUUGGUUGCAAGAACAUAUUCGGAAUAGAAAGGAAGAUGAUGAUGAUCAAUCUGAUUUCAUGGAUGUCAUGCUCUCAUCUCUUCCGGAGGAUGCCGUCAUUUCUGGUCAUAAACGAGACACUAUUAUCAAGGCAACUACACUGAUUCUUAUAUUGACGGGAUCAGAGAGCACAGCAGAGACACUGAUAUGGACAACUUCUCUAUUGCUAAACAACCCCCAUGCAAUAAAAAUGGCCCAAGACGAAAUGGACAUGCAUGUGGGGAAGGAUAGGUUGGUUGAAGAGUCAGACAUCAAGAACCUCAAGUACUUUCAAGCCAUAAUAAAAGAGGGCCUACGAUUAUAUCCACCCGGGCCGCUAUCGGGCCCACGUGAGGCCAUGGAGGACUGCAAAAUAGGCAAAUAUCACAUUCCUAAAGGCACGCGUUUGAUUCUCAACCUGCUGAAAUUACACCGCGAUCCUCGGGUCUGGUCGGAACCUGAAGAGUUCAAGCCGGAAAGAUGGUUCAGGGACGAACAUGCGAGCAUAGGUUAUGUCGGGAAGAGCUUCGAGUACCUCCCGUUUAGUGGUGGGAGACGAAUGUGCCCCGGGAUGAACUUUAGUUUGCAAGUGGUGCAAUUGACGCUGGCACGUCUUCUCCAAGGCUUCAAUAUUUCAACCCCAAUGGGGAUGCCUGUGGACAUGAGUGAAGGCUUGGGAAUUGCCUUGCCCAAAUUGACUCCCAUUCAAGUUCUCCUCACUCCUCGCUUGCCCAAUCUAUUCCCCACAAAAAGUCAUUACACCGCUGAAAUUCGAACAUGUGACCUCUGAUUUGGGAGAGUCGUCACAGUUAGUUUGAGAUAAUAUAUGUGCAGUGUUAUGUAAUAUUACAAGUAUGCAUAUUGGAUUAAUAAUAAACCAUUGAGUACGUAA